UACCAACAUUGAAUGAUGAAACGGAGAUUGAAUGCUUUAUUUGUUUUUCUUCAUCAUUUUUUUAACUGUCCCGGUUCCACCCAGUACCAGUUUGCAGAAGAACAGUGUGGAUCCCGAGAUAAUAUUCUUUACAAAGAUCAGCUUACAACGUGGUUGCCUUAUACAGAUAGAAGCCAAACGUCUGGUGAUGAUUUCUGCCAGCAUAACUGUGUGUCGUAUGGGCUCAGUAAAGUGGUCAAGUUUGGUCAGUUUACAGACGGCACUCGAUGCGAUGUUCUCAAUCCAUUAGAAGACAAAACGGCCAUAUGCGUUGAAGGCGAGUGUAAGCAUUUCGGAUGUGAUCUCGAGGAAGAUUCUGAUCGACGUUUUGAUUCUUGUGGAGUUUGUGACGGAGAUAACUCAACAUGCGAGAUACAGACUGGUGGUGUCAGUCACCCUCCCGCGUAUUAUGAUUAUACUAAUCUUUUGGAGAUCCCGAUAGGUUCCACUUAUAUCAACAUCACACAACCGUGCGGAGAUUGUCAUUUCGCUUUGAUCAUAGAAGACCAAUACGUCAUCGGUGGCGCAGGAGAAAGGGGGAAGUCCCGUGCGUACUCAAUGGGGGAUGACGUCAUAUCUUACGUAGGUGGAGAUGGGGAAAGUAUCCAAAUCAGGGGACCGACCAGCUCAAAAAUAACUAUACAGGUUUACGCGUCUACAUACCAUGUUUUCGAUGAUGCCAAGAAGAGCUCAGAAGCGCGCUGGGUUUUCUUCAAACCGAUUCAAGAUAGACCUGCAUACCGAUGGAGCAUCGUUGAUACACCUUGCAGCAAAACGUGUGGUUACGGACUGCAAAUGCAAGAAGUUAUCUGUACCGAGCUUGGGCUUGUUGGAACUCUGGAUGGUAGAUCUGUUAAGCCUUUUCAUUGCUUGCAUCUCAAGAAGCCUGAACCAGUUACAGAACCGUGCAACGAGUUUGAUUGCCCCCACAGAUGGGAGGUGGGUGAGUGGGGCGACUGCUCUGUAUCCUGCGGGGUUGGCGUGAGGUUCCGUCAGGCAUACUGCGUCCGGGAGAACACGGCGGGACUGAUCGAGAUCCUCCCGCAUGUGACCUGCGCGGAUAGGUUGGAACCUUUGCUGGAGGAACACUGUGAAGCACCGGCUUGUCUUGAAGAUGGUAGAGUCACUUGCAAUAAGACCAUCUUUGCAUCAGAGGGUUCGUUCACAUCUCCUAAUCAUCCCGGGAACUACCCGACCGAUAUUAACUGCAUCACCAGAAUUAAAGUUAAUCCGGGUUACUGGAUUGAUCUGACCUUUCAAAGCUUCGAGUUAGAACCGGCUCCUGGCUGCAUAUACGACUAUGUAGAGGUAUUUCAGGACCGCGAAGACGGAACAAGGACAUCAAUUGCAAGACUUUGUGGAACUCGAAAAUUUCGUUCCUCAGUAGUAGUUAAAGGUAACUCUGCUAGUGUCUUGUUUCAUAGUGACGUCAUUGUUACCAGACGGGGUUUUGUUGCCAAUUUUAGUGAACUUGAUCCCUAAAAGAACUAAGUAGGACAAAUUAUGAAGGCGUCAUCAA